AGCCCCUGAGGAAUUUAGUCUGAGAUUGAAAGUGUCCCCGAUCACUUCGAAUAGUGACGCCUGUAACUUAUUUUUCCCUCGUGUGGUAAUCAAUUGAACAACAUGUCCAGCCCCCUGGUUUCGGUGAAAGAUUACGAGAAACGUGCCGCGGAAAUUAUUCCCCGAAAUGCGCUGGAUUAUUAUAGAAGUGGUGCCGGGGAUGAGCUUACCCUCCGGUUGAAUCGUUUAAGUUUCGAACGGAUCCGGAUUCGUCCCCGGAUGCUACGAAGUGGAUCCAAGCGGGAUAUGAGGGUUACGUUGUUUGGGGAGCAGUUUGCAAUGCCUAUUGGGAUAUCUCCGACGGCCAUGCAACGGAUGGCACAUCCGGAUGGGGAAGUGGCCAAUGCAAGGGCAGCCGCCAGUCGAGGUGUAGCAUUCACGUUGAGUACCAUUGCUACGAGUUCGAUUGAAGAAAUUGCUGAGGCAACGCCUGGAUCACCCAAGUGGUUCCAAUUAUACAUCUACCGAGAUCGCGCCCUGACGGAGUCUUUAGUUCGGAGGGCGGAGAAAGCUGGUUUUAAAGCAAUCGUUUUGACGGUGGACGCUCCCAUGUUUGGUUUGCGACGAGCUGAUAUGAGGAACAAAUUUUCCCUACCACCACACUUGAUUUUGGCGAACUUCGAGGGACGCCAGGCCACCGGAGUGCAGAGUCAGGGAGGGUCCGGUAUCAAUGAAUACAUUACCGAGCAACUGGAUCCAACGCUUUCGUGGGACGACGUGAAGUGGUUGUUGAAUUUUACAAAACUUCCAGUGAUCGUUAAAGGGAUUCUAACAAGGGAUGAUGCUAUUUUGGCCGCUGACAUUGGAGUGCAGGGGAUUUGGGUUUCCAAUCAUGGCGCUAGGCAAUUGGACUCAGUACCGGCAUCGAUCGAAGCUCUACCGGAAAUAGUGGCUGCCGUAGGAAAUCGCACCACAAUCGUGCUGGAUGGUGGAAUAACCGAGGGAACGGAUGUUUUCAAAGCUCUGGCACUGGGUGCCAAAAUGGUGUUUUUCGGGAGACCAGCUCUGUGGGGAUUGGCUGUCGAUGGACAGUGUGGAGUUGAGAGGGUACUGGACAUUUUGAAGAAGGAGCUGGAUCUGACGAUGGCUUUUUCCGGAUGUCAAUCGAUUGCGGAUAUAACCAGAGGUCAUGUUGCUCACGAGAUUGAAUAUUCAAAGCUUUAAAAUUUAAGUUAAUAUAUAAUUUUUUCACAUAAUUCAAUUUUUUCAAA